AUGGCUCGGGAACUGACGAGCUACAAGGUGGACGUCGCCGCAAUCAGCGAGAUCCGUUUUUCCGAGCAAGGCCGACUGGAGGAGGUGCGUGCCGGUUAUAUCUUCUUCUGGAGCGGUCGCCCCAAAGCAGAGCGACGGGACGCGGACGUUGCCUUUGUAAUCCGGAACGACAUCGUGAAACCACUGUCCUAUCUGCCACAGGGCUUCAACGACCGACUAAUGGUCCUGUGCCUGCCUCUCCGGGGAGGCAAAUUCGUCACCAUCGUCGGUGUUUACAUUCCCCUGAUAACCAGCCCUGACGCCGCAAAGGACAAAUUCUACGAGGACCUGCACGCCCUCCUGGCGACUGUGACUUAG